AGUUUGCAAUUUACGCGUAUUUCUGCUUCGCUCACUUCAGUUCGACUUUGGUUGUGGUGACGGCAUGUUUUUGAAGAAAUUAACACAAACCGAACGUGAGACGUUGAGAGCUCAGCGUCGUGAGACGCAACUGAUAACGGCGCGUGCGAGGGCGGAUAAAAGUUUCGUUUAUGUGGUUAAUCCGCCAGAAAUUCCACGUGUUUGCUUCGGCUCUGGCAUGGAGCGUAUAACACUACCCAUGUCUGGUCCAGGUCUUACAUCCUUUAUGCGUAAAAUACAAGGUGAGGUGCGUGAUUUUCCAGGCCCUUAUGAAUAUACUUAUAGGAAGGAGUUGGGUAAGAAAUAUCCCUCUGCAUAUGGUUAUUCAUCGUUUGCCAGUAAAUUGCCACGUCUACCGCCCACAGAGAUAUCAAGAUUUCCACCGAUUGGCGCAUAUAAUGUUGAGACCAAAAAGAAGAUCAAACAAGCAGCGCGUCCUUUCAAUAUCGGCACGAAACUCGAUCAGACUAAGGUACUGGAGAUGCCAGGUCCUGCCGAUUAUGCGGUUGACAAGAAACCAGCCAGCUUGAAUAUCUGCUCUGCCUUCGGCUCGAAGCGUAUCAUCUGGCCGGCUGUAGCUGUUAUUUGUACACCCGAGAAUGCUGCGAAGUGUUCCAAAUGCAAUAAGACCCCGAUUGGUGAUUAUUUCCAUCAGUUCCAGUUGAAUUUGGAUAUGUGCCGUCGUUGCAUGAACAAGCAAUUGCGUUGGCUGAAACGCUGCUCCACCGAUUUGUUCUAUCGCGCACGCAUGUACACAGAGUUGAGUUUGUAUAAGCCGGUGCGUUAUUGUGGCUUCUUUCAUGAUCAUCAGGGCACCACAGCGGCGAUACAACACUUGCCUACGCCGACAUUGAAGUAUAAAAUUAAAACGGAAAAUUAUCUUUAUAUGUUUAAGAAGCGUUUGGGUGAUUAGUUGGCGGAGUGCGCUGGAUUGGAUUUAGAUUAUUUGAAACUUAUUAGUCUUUUAUAAAGAAUUUGGAAAGCUCUAUGUGGCAAUAAAGGCAAAUUUGUGUUUGAUAAAUGCAA